AUGUUUCAACACAUAACACUAUACCAUCAAAACGAACCGAAUUUCAGUACCACAUGCAAUCUACAUAAUUCUUGUGGAGCGUUGUGUAGAACGUAUUCUGCGUAUAAAGCUCACGAUUACCGAAAAAGCAUGUCUGAACUUCAGUUGAAAAACAAAUCGAACGAUAAUUUGAAUAUUAGUCGAAACGAUAAUGAACACCAAGAAAAUAUAAAUACUUCAAAUGUGAAUUCGGAAGCAAUCAGCGAUGGUGAUGAAACAUUCGAUUCAAUUUAUGAUAAUUUCCAUGCAAAUCUUAUCGACGGCGAUUUCGAAACGAAUACUUAUAAUCCUGCAUCAUUCUUUACUUCGACUAAUACUAACGAAAGUGUUUCUGAAUUGUUGUUGAUUAUGAAACAAUUGUACUUGCUGUUUAUUUUGGAAUUGCGUGAAGAAUAUUUACUGCCAUAG